CGGUAGUAGUGGUAGAAUAGAAUCUGGUUCCAAAUUCCAAUUGGUGAAAGAUUAUGAGCACGCUGCGCACCUGGCUCUCUAUAAAUCCAGCAUCUUUGUGUUCGCGUAAUCGCUCAAAACCAGUUAAUCAUCUUCGUCCACCUUCACAAUUCACAUUUUCUGGAGCUAAAACCAACGCAGCACAACGCUUAACCUUCACUCGCCACACAAUUACUCACCUAAUCAAAUCGUACAUGGCCGAGUCCCACUCCGAUUCUAGCUUGGUAAAUCCAAAUUACGCUGAGAUAAUUGUGGUGCGUCACGGUGAAACGGAGUGGAAUCAUGAUGGAAGAAUUCAGGGACAUCUGGAUGUUGAAUUAAAUGAAGCUGGGAGACAACAAGCAGCUGCAGUGGCUGAUAGGCUAUCCAAGGAACCUAACAUCUCUGCUGUAUACUCUUCUGACUUGAAACGAGCUUUUGAAACUGCACAGAUAAUUGCGACCAGCUGUGGUGGACUAGAGGUAAGUAAAGAACCUGACCUACGGGAAAGACAUUUGGGGGAUCUUCAAGGCCUUGUACUGCGCGAAGCAGCCAAAGUUAGUACUAAGGCUUACCAGGCUUUUUUAUCCCACAGCACAGAUCAAGAAAUCCCAGGUGGUGGAGAAAGUCUUGAUCAACUUUAUGAACGUUGCACGUCUUCAUUGGAGAGAAUUGGUAGAAAGCAUAAAGGAGAGCGAGUGGUUGUGGUCACUCAUGGGGGUGUUAUCAGAACAUUUUACAAGCGAGCUUGUCCAAAUGGUCGAGCUGGAGGGAAGGUACUGAAUACAUCCAUCAACAUAUUUCACUUGUCAGAUGGAGAUGAGUGGACCAUAAAAUCAUGGGGUGAUGUUAGUCAUCUCAACCGAACAGGGGUUCUAGAGUCGGGUUUUGGUGGGGACAGAACUUCUGGUUAGUUCAUGCAUGGUGUGCUAGCAUUUUGCAGUCAUUUCUUUCAAACAUAGCUAAGAUCAAAAUUAAAAACAUGAAGUUCCAAGCAGUAGCAUGCUGAAUUUCUAGUGGAAAUAGAAAUACUUGGCAUUAUUGAGGCUCAAAUAACAGUGAUUGUUUCACCAAUCAGCCCGGGAAUUAUUUUUAUAUGUACAUCUUUAUCAUUACGGUUGUUAAGGUGUACCCAAACUGCUACUUAAUGCUAUGAUGAUGAUAUAUUUACCUGCAAUGGAAAUUUUCAAUUAAA